UUCUGAUUCUGACGCACGGCUCUUCACCCUGAGAUGACGAGGAAAGCAGCUAUGAGUUUAUCUGCAGCUGUGAGGGGAUUUGUGGCCAUUAUUCUCUCUAUUUCAGUGACACAGGGUCAGACGGACUGGGGGGUGAACUAUGGUCCACCUGAGAUCUGUGCCCUGAAAGGAUCCACAGUGGAGAUACGGAGCACCUUCACAUAUCCUCUCAGAAAGAAUGGACUGAAAACGACAGUGGAGCAGAUGUUCUGGUUCAUACAACGCGAGAACAGUGAACCAGUGGAUCUGAGAACAGACUCGCAGUACGCAGGCCGUGUGCGUUAUGACUGUGGUGACAGGAAGUGUAUUCUGAGCAUCACAGACCUGACAGAGAGGGAUUCAGCUGAGUACAGGUUCAAGUUCAUCACAAACCAUCCAGGUGGGAGUUUUACUGGAAAACCAGGAGUCAAACUGUCUGUCACAGGUCUGAAGGUACAGAUAAAAACAACUUCCUGCCGUGUUCAAUAUUGUAAAUGGUCAGAGAUGGAGUGCAGCAGCAGUUGUGUCCCUCAACCUUCUUCCUACAUCUGGUACCAAAAUGGGAAGAAAAUUGACAACUCACAAAAAUUAUAUUCAGCAUAUUUUUAUUCUGUGGCCAGUGUUUCCUGUGCUCUGGAAGGCUAUGAGAGUUUUUCUUCUCCCACACUGUGUGUCUUCAGUGGUUCAUGCACUGCAGUGACUUAUGCCAACAGAAGCAUCUGUGCCUUCAGAGGAUCAUCAGUGAGCAUUUCUUGCACAUACAGCAUCAGAGAUGGUGCUGAUGAGCCACAAUUCUGGUUCCGUCAACGGGGGACGACCACACAGCCUGAAUACGUUCAUAGAGACCCUCGAUACGCAGAUCGAACUCUGCUCAAAAUCACAAAGACAGAACAAUCCACACUGACCAUCAGGAACUUGACAAAGAGAGAUUCAGGAGAAUAUCGCUUCAAAUUUGGAAAGAAGAGCGACGAGUGGACCAACAGUCUCCAAGGAAUGACUCUGACAGUCACAGAUCCAGAUAUCAAGGUGCAGGUGAUCUGGUCUCCCGUUGGUCCAAAGCUGAUCUGUCACAGCAGCUGUUUACGCCCUGGCCCUUCUUCUUUUGUGUGGUACAAGAAUGGAGAGAGAAUCCACAGUGAAACAUCCUUCCUGUAUGGAGGAAUGGUCGAUGGAGCAGACAGACUCUCCUGUGCUUACGAAGGUUACCGCUCUGACCCAGUGUAUGCUCCCACAGUUCCCAAAGUGUUGAUGAGUCACUCUGGUGACGUUAUGAAGGACACUUCAAUCUCUCUGAACUGCAGCAGCGACGCUAAUCCACCGGCUAAAUAUUUCUGGUAUAAGAAGAACCAAAUGCUGGUUCAUGAGGAGGAGCUCCUCUUCAGCUCCAUCCAGCCGUCUGACACUGGAGACUAUCACUGUGAAGCUGAGAAUGAUCUGGGAAGCGUGAAGUCCACAUCUGUCUUCAUCAGUGUGAAAUAUGCUCCUAAACCUCCCUCGGUGUCGGUGAGUCCGUCUGGUGAGAUCGUGGAGGGAAGCUCAGUGACUCUGACCUGCAGCAGUGAUGCUAACCCAGCAGCUAGCUACAGCUGGUACAGGGGGAAGCAAACUCUGUCAGAGGAACAGGACGGCCUUCUUCACUUCACCUCCAUCAGCUAUAAAGACAGAGGAAACUACUACUGCCAGUCCAAGAACCAACAUGGACAGACCAACUCUAUGCCACAAUACUUAGAUGUCCACUAUGGUCCAAAGCUUCUCUCAGUGUCGGUGAGUCCGUCUGGUGAGAUCGUGGAGGGAAGCUCAGUGAAUCUGACCUGCAGCAGUGAUGCUAACCCAGCAGCUAACUACAGCUGGUACAGGGAGGACGACGUCUUUCCGUUAGCAUUCAGUCAGACCUUCACCAUCGAUGACUUCAGACCUGAACACAGUGGGAGUUAUUAUUGUACAGCUCAGAACAGUCGAGGAAGACAGACCUCCAACUUUCACCAGAUUGUUGUAAAAGCAAAAUUCCAAAAGAUCCCGAAUUUCAUCCGUCUGGUUCUGGUGGUUCUGAUGCUGAUUCUUCUGCCUGUCCUGGGUCUUUGGAUCAAAAAGAAGAAAUCUGGGAACUCACCAACUGAAACUGAGGCAUGCAUGGAGGUGAUCGAGCUGGACUCUUAUCCUGGUUAUGAGAACACUGCAGACUUGAAUCCAGACGGUCCAGAGGAGCAGGAAGACCUUCAGUGAAAUUCAUUCAGGUUUGAGCUCCUGGAUUCGAUGGGAACGCUCCACUCAAAGUUAAUAAUGCUGUUGAAAAACCAAGAUAUUUGUUGUGUGUGUUGGGAUUCGUAGUUACAUGAAAGAAACCGUUUAAUUUGUCACAAUUUCAAACGUAUGUGUGCUUCUUUGUUGCAAAACACACACAGCUGGGGGGUUAGCCAGGUUGCAAAGCCCGCCCCUGAGAGGAGGAAAUGAACCGUGAUUGGUCAGGCUAUACAGAUCUUGCCCAGCGACUUGUUUCCUUCCCUAUUCCACUGCACUUCUGCCAGGGGGCAGGACACUGUCCUCUCCCAGAGCCAGCACUGCAAAGGGCUAACAAAGGGAGGAGACCUCAGACCAAGGCCUAACCAAAGAAAAGAGACUGACAUCCAGCAUCCAGUCUCCCAACCAAAGAUCACCAGAACAGGCGAGAGGAACACAGCCUCCACUUUCACAGACUCUGUUCUUUGAGACUUCCACAGGCAACGCAACCAGCUUCCUUCAGCCUGCAAGCAGGAUCUUCGUAACUCUGGCCAUGAGCACAUGGCACACUGGAGCAGAACCGGGCCAAGCUUCACCAGAGAGUCAGCCUGCAGCAUCUGACAGCACACACGGCCCAGGAUCCACUGCUCCAGCCUACAAAAGGACACGAAACUGCAGAACCGGAGCAUCAUCAGAACCACAGCAAGGAUGGUUCUUCAGUUCUUCAACUUCUUCACUUUCUGCCUCAUCACAGCAGACGGUGUGAGCAGGGAUCUGCUAAUAAAGAAAGACCACAGCUACCAUCAAGCAACUUGCUG